AUGGACCCAAGCGAUGCCUUCUCCGCGAGCUUGUUCCGUUGGGACCCUCGCGCUGCGGCGGCAGCACCACCAGCCGCCGCACAGUCCUGCCCUGCCGUUAUCUCCAUGGCCCUACAAGCCCACCAUCAAGCUCAAGAUGGCCCACCAACGGCAUCGGCGACAGCGGCCGAAGCCGCCCGAGCUGCCGCGCGGGAGCUGGAAGAGGUGUUCGAAGGGUACGGUGUUCGGUAUGCGACGGUGGCUCGAAUUGGGGAUUUGGGGUUUACAGCGAGCACUCUGGUUGGGAUGCGGGAGGAAGAGGUGGACGAUAUGAUGGCGACGCUUUCGCAUCUUUUCCGAUGGGAUCUUCUUGUCGGCGAGCGAUAUGGAAUCAAAGCGGCGAUUAGGGCAGAGCGCCGCCGAAUUGAAGACCAUUUACUGCCUGAUGAUCCGAGAAGGAGACUUCUUCUGCUCUCACCCGACCAACACAACGCCCUCGACGCGCUUUCCCAGGAAGGGCUUUCGGAGGAGCCGGUACAGCUUGACAGAGAAACCGCCGGAAGCGGUGGCGAGGCGGCGGGGAGAUCAAGAGAUGGAAAGGGGAAGAAUCCUCAACGGCGAAACAUGGGGAAAAAGAAGGACGGCUCCAGUAUGAAAAACAAGAAGAAGAAGAAGAAAUGUAUGGAGGAUGAGGAUGAAGAAGAGGAGGAGGUGGAAAUGUGGAGGAGAGCGGCGAUAGGCGAUGACAACGAUGAUGGUAAUGACGAUGGGGAGGAGUCGGAGUCGGAGAGGAGCUUCGCAGGGGAGAGGCAGAGAGAGCAUCCGUUCAUUGUGACGGAGCCGGGGGAGGUGGCGCGAGCGAAGAAGAACGGGCUCGAUUAUCUCUUCCAUCUCUACGAGCAAUGCCAUGAGUUUCUGCUCCAAGUCCAGGCCUUGGCGAAGGAGCGCGGCGACAAGUGCCCCACUAAGGUGACGAACCUUGUAUUCCGGUACGCGAAGAAAGUAGGAGCAAGCUACAUAAACAAGCCCAAAAUGCGGCACUACGUCCACUGCUACGCGCUGCACGUCCUCGACGAGGAGGCCUCCAAUGCCCUCCGGCGGGCUUUCAAGGAGCGCGGCGAGAACGUCGGAGCCUGGCGCCUCGCCUGCUACAAGCCCCUCGUAGCCAUCUCCGCCGCUCACGCAUUCGACAUCGACGCCGUUUUCAACGCACAUCCCCGCCUCUCAAUCUGGUACGUGCCCACGAAGCUCCGCCAGCUCUGCCACCUCGCGCGCAGCUCCUCGCAGCCAAGCGCUGCCGCCGCGGUGGCUGCUGGAAGCAGCAGCAGUGCAGCGCUCCGCCCAGUCGGGGGAUCUGAGUCGGGACUCCGUCCUUCCAUGUUCUGA